AAAUCCCUAACUUCCUCUUUUCUUUUGUUCUUCAAUGGCGCCUCCAAAACUAACUGAUUAUGAACGCAAACGACUCGAAAACAUUCGCCGCAACAAUGAAAUGAUGGCCGCUCUCAAAGUCCAAUCCAAAGCCUCUCAACUUUCCAACAUUACCAAGGUUGUUACCAAAUCAUACAAUGUAAAAUCGGAGAAGAAACCGAAAACCGAAACCCCAAUUGUAAUCAGACGCUCACUUCGAACAAGAGGUAUUCCACCAGAUUCCAAAGGUUUAGAUUUAUAUGCUAAUUCAGAUUCCAACGCUGUUACUCACAAUUCCCCCAAUAAAAAUGAUGAUUUUGUUCAAACUUUGGGUCCUAUUCCCAUGAAGGAUGCUUAUAAAGGCGUCGAUGAUUCUGAUCGUUCUUUCAUUGAAUCACUUGUUCGUAUAUCGGACAAGGAAGUCUAUGAAGAAGAACUUAAUGGGCAUGCAAAAAAGAUGAAAAUUGAGUGUUCACUUGAGUUGGAAUCUUUGUCUUUGGAUCCUGAAAAUAUAGCAAGAGUUGUUCCUGGAAGGAUAACUCAAAUGGGGUUUUGCCCUUCUAAUGAUGUUAAGAUGGUAGUGGCGGGUAACAAAUUUGGGGAUAUUGGGUUCUGGAAUGUUGGACAAAAUGAGAUUUUUUUAUACCAUCCACAUCAGGCUCCCAUUUCUGGGAUCUUGUUUCAACCACAUUGCUUGUCAAAGAUAUAUACAAGUUGUUAUGAUGGACUUGUUCGGGUGAUGGAUGCUGAGAAGGAAAUCUUUGAUAUGGUAUACAACAGUGAUACAUGUAUAUAUGCUCUCUCGCAGCCAAAGAAUGAGGCAAACUGUUUGUAUUUUGCUGAGGGAUCAGGGGGUUUAACUGUCUGGGAUAACAGGAUAGGGAAAAGUUCAUCCCACUGGGAUUUGCAUGAAAGUAGGAUUAAUACAAUAGAUUUCAACCCUGAAAGCCCUCAUAUUGUAGCUACUAGUUCCUCUGAUGCAACUGCAUGCACCUGGGAUUUGAGAUGUAUUGGCGGGACUAACCACACAGCCUUGAGGACAUUUACUCACAAAAGGUCUGUGCAAUCUGCCUAUUUCUCUCCUUCUGGAUGCAGCCUUGCCACUACAAGCCUGGACAACACAAUUGGUAUAUACAGUGGAGUUAACUUGGAGGAUCAAACUUCGGUUUAUCAUGAUAAUCAUACUGGAAGAUGGAUUUCGACUUUCAGAGCAAUAUGGGGCUGGGAUAAUUCAUACCUCUUCAUUGGGAAUAUGAAAAGAGGAGUCGACGUUGUCUCAACAGUUCAAAGGGCAACAGUAAAGACUCUACAAAGCCCACACAUAUCUGCAAUUCCAUGCAGAUUUUAUGCACACCCUUAUGAGGUUGGAAUGCUAGCAGGAGCUACAAGUGGAGGUCAGGUCUAUAUUUGGACAUCAAGCUAAGAAUUUUGUUCAACAUUCACUUCUGUUGGAUGCAAAAAUGUGUACCAUUUUAGUUGCCUAUUUUCAGUCCAUUUUGUGUAAAGUAUGAAUGUAUCAUCAUCUAUCAACUAUGAUUUUGUAUCUGGAAUUGCAUAAUGAACUUAUAAUCACAAGCGUCAAUAACCUUGUCACAUUGCCUAUUUCAUAUCCUCAUAGGAUAAACUAUAUUGCAGAAAUUACUAACUUUUAA